UCUACAAGACGAGACAAGACACAAACUUCACAAACGAGCAAAAUGGCAGCCCGCCGCCGCGUUGUGCAAACAGAGGACUUGUCGAAUGUGGAGUUCGAAACCAGCGAGGAUGUAGAGGUGAUACCGACGUUCGACGCCAUUGGCCUCAGAGAAGAUCUGCUGCGAGGCAUUUAUGCAUAUGGUUUUGAGAAGCCAUCUGCCAUUCAGCAGCGUUCUAUCAAGCCAGUGAUCAAAGGCAGGGAUGUGAUUGCUCAGGCCCAAUCUGGCACUGGCAAGACUGCUACCUUUUCCAUCGGAGUGUUGCAGACCGUCGACACACAGAUGCGGGAGACGCAGGCUCUGAUCUUGUCGCCUACACGCGAGCUGGCCGUACAGAUCCAGAAGGUGAUUCUGGCAUUGGGCGACUACAUGAACGUCCAGUGCCACGCCUGCAUUGGGGGCACCAACUUGGGCGAAGACAUCCGCAAGCUUGACUAUGGACAGCACGUAGUUUCUGGCACUCCAGGACGUGUCUUUGACAUGAUCAAAAGGCGAAACCUGCGCACUCGUGCUAUCAAGAUGUUGGUUCUCGACGAAGCUGAUGAAAUGCUAAACAAAGGUUUCAAGGAGCAGAUCUACGAUGUGUACCGGUACCUGCCCCCUUGCACUCAGGUGGUGCUCAUCUCUGCUACCCUCCCCCACGAAAUCCUGGAGAUGACAAGCAAGUUCAUGACAGAACCUGUGCGAAUUCUGGUCAAACGUGAUGAGUUGACCCUGGAAGGCAUCAAGCAGUUCUUUGUGGCCGUGGAGCGUGAGGAGUGGAAGUUUGACACCCUGUGCGACUUGUACGACACACUCACCAUCACCCAGGCUGUCAUAUUCUGCAACACCAAGAGGAAGGUGGACUGGUUGAGCGAGAAGAUGCGGGAAGCUAAUUUCACCGUUUCGUCCAUGCAUGGUGACAUGCCUCAGAAAGAGAGGGACGCCAUUAUGAAGGAGUUCCGCUCUGGCCAGAGUCGAGUGCUCAUCACCACAGAUAUUUGGGCACGGGGCAUCGAUGUCCAGCAGGUGUCCCUUGUCAUUAACUAUGAUCUGCCCAACAACCGAGAGUUGUACAUCCACAGGAUUGGACGGUCCGGUCGUUUUGGUCGAAAAGGUGUUGCCAUCAAUUUUGUCAAAAACGAUGACAUCCGUAUCUUGAGAGACAUUGAGCAGUACUACAGUACCCAGAUUGAUGAAAUGCCCAUGAAUGUUGCUGACCUCAUCUGAAAUCCUCACUCAAGCCAAGCACAUCAUUAACUCAUGUACAAAGCUAAAUAAAACAUUUUCAGCCUUGCCCUUUAAAAA